AUGAUUCACCUCGCUUUGGGCCGGUCCCCGUAUGAAGUGCCAGAGCGCACUGCAGAUCCCACAUCGGAUCGUGCUCGUCCAACCCAGCAGAGUACGUCCGCUCUGUUUGCGGACGACUAUGCUCAGCAUUACGAUGAAAGAGGUCAUCCAGUUAAUCCCGAAUCCAAAGUAUUUGGUAAAGCGCUUCGGAGGGCCAAAAAUGACGUCCUUUCAACCAUGGGCAUUGUUGUUAGUGAGGAUGGAAAUGCCGGUGGACAGAGUGACCGGCAGAAGGUUGAGAUGAUAGCUGCGGAGAACGACUAUGGGUUGAUCAUGGCUACCCUAGACCAAGUGUCCGUCUUCCUCGGCUCAUGGUGGACGUCGUCACUUGCCGGCCGGAUACAAACUUUCAAAAGUUACACGCAUAUCCCUUUGAUGGCUAUUAUAAGCCAUGAACGUGCGUCUUGGGGGAUCCAAGGGUUCUAUUUUGCAGGAAUCCCGGCAUGGGCGAUAUCAACAUGCCUCUCCAUUUGCCGACAUCAUCCACUGGAGCGCUUGAUUUCGUACAUACAGAGCUAUUUCCCUAAUGACGAUACGGGCUCAAAAGUUGUUCGGGCUUCAUUCAACCUUUUACAUUCUGCGGCGAGAGGGACGUUGCUUGUUUUGGCGAUACAGACAUACAUGUAUUCUCUCCUGCAAUCUCUCCUCCUUGUCCCUCCGUCGUUUUUGCCAGCGGUCCAGCUUCUAAUCCCAUUUGGCGAACAUGCCGCGAUUCAGCUUCCUUCCCUACCAACAGACUCGUCACUUGAAUCACUCAGCAUGUAUCUUUUGAAUCUGGCAAAGGCGCCUCCGGUUUUGCUUUAUAUCUAUAUGUACCUGCGUCCAGUGAUAGAGAUAAGGCUCUACCGGUUAAUACGUCGACGGUUACCGAAGCCUACCGUGGCGGACGAACUUUCUAUUAAAGUGGCAUUUGAAAAUGAUCUUAUAGACUGGAUGGUUCCGACUCUCGGACGCAGAUCCGAGGAAGAAAGUCGUCGCAACAGCAUGACACUCGUCGAGGAUAUCAUGUACGAGGUGAACUUCCUUCGACGUUGGGUUUUAUCAUGGUUUGGCUUCAAAUCACAGCGGGUAGCUCAGGCAUCUGAACAAGCUGCGGAUGCCCGACACAGGCGAGAUUGGCUCGAAUCUUUACCGUUAAGCAUCGAGCAAUUGCAGAACGAAAGGCAGUCGUUAUCCCGGCAAUUACAGCUUCAAUCGACGGUCCCACCGCCUCCAGAGGAAGUGAUCCGGGCCCAUGGAGCUGUUCCUAGGUCACAGUCACAGGAUCCGGGGGGCGACUUCAACGGCAAUCGUGUUCUGUCCAAUGAAGAAAACCCUAUUUCGCUAUCACCCGCGGAGAUGAGUGCCGAUGACUUUCCAGAGCUGGCCCCAAUGGGGCGAGUGAACACGAUGUCCCCUGUUGCUGGCUCAUCCAACCAUGCGGAUGAUGCAGGGCCCAGUCGCCUGGAAGAUCUGGAUGCUGCCGAGAGUGGACGGCAUUCCCGCUCAAACACCCUUUUCUCCCGACCUUCGUCCCCUGCAACUUCUUCCCCGACGUCCCCCCGCGUGAGGGCUUCAUUGAUUCACCAGAACUCUGAUGUCAUCACCAUGCAGCUGGAGCUUUUAGGGAACCGACAUGCCUCAAACCAGGGCCAGUUGAUUGCUAGGACUGACGUCGAAGCUGAUCAAGCAAAUGCCAGUGGCAUACCAGUUGGCCGUCGGUCGUUCUCGGACCUUUUGGAUGCUCUCCUAGCCAAUCAAGGCCAAAGUUUCACUGCCGUCAACAACCCAGAUACGGUUGAUAGUGAUGGACUGUCCAACAUGACUGCUGCUAUAUUUCCUGAAGUAGGAGAGACCCCAUUGACUAAUGCAGACCAGCCGCGAAGUCCAAGAGCAGAAACUCCGGCUGUUGGAUCCGGUCCCAUUUCAACGCUUGCCAAUAUCUUACCGGAUAGUGUGGAAGAACCAGGCCCGGAAGAAAUACACAAUGAAUCCCCGGGGCCGGACACAUCAUUUGAAAAUGAUUUUGAUUCGGAGAUUUUCCCACGGAUAUCUGAUCCCAAUGUUCGCCAGUCUAUGACAGCUACUAUUACCUCCCCCAUUGCUCAUCGAGUCACGAUCCUCUCCUCUCACCCCGUUGAUUCUCUUGCAUCUCAUCUUGCAUCCAUGCUCACCAACGUGAUUUUUAUUCCACUUGAAUCCCUAUACCUACGCUCUCUUGCUUCGUCCUAUUUAUCAUCUGCGAACUCUUCCGCUGCUCUCCGAUCUGAUGUCCGCCCGUUGGGUGUAUGGGGUGGUGGCUCUCGAUCCGACGCCUUUGUCUACAUGGGAAAGUUAGCUCUCACGGUGGGCAUGCAGGCAGCUGUGAAUGCUAGCGUAUGGGGAAUCAUAGCUGGCACAGCUAUUAAAAUUGGUAGGAAGUUCUGUGGCUGGGGCAGCUUAUGA